CUUUGAAGGUUAUAUUAAAAAUUACAGCACAACACAAAAUAGUACGUAAAAAGUCUUGUUACAUGACAAUAAAGCAUAAUGUUGGGUAAAAUAAUAAACGGAGGUCAACUAUCCAUCUUUAUUAACAAAAAUGUAUCAAUUAUUGGUUUUGUUACUGAAAAGGCUCCCAAUGGCUUGUGGUUUGAAAUAAGAACAACAGACAACCAAAUUGUUCGCGUUACAAUGAAAUUACCCAUUGAUCAACCGCUUGAUGGUUAUGUUGAGGUCCAUGGUGUUUCAACAGGGAAAGGUAUAAUUGCAGACAGUUAUGUAGGGUUUGAUAAUGAUAACUUUGAUGCUAAGUCCCAUAAUUUACUGUGCACAUUUCUUCACUCUAUUCCUCGAUUGUGGGAUACUGAAAAACUUAAGGAGUCUUCUAUGAUUUAGUUUAUAUAUCAUGGGUUUAAUACUAUAACUAGGUAAUUGAAAAUUCAUUGUUUCAAGAUAUUUGUUGUUAUUGCAUUCUUUAUAUACUUCUUUUUGAAGCAACUCAGUAUAGAUUUUUUUUAAUUUGCAAAUAGAGGUUAUAGUGCUUUUGUGGAAACAUAAUUUAUAAAAAAAAAUUAUCUUUUCUUUUCCUCAGAUAUAUAGUUUUAGAACUAACUUUAAUUGAAGUUUUUUUGAAUAUCUUUUAUAGAGGGAUGGGGAUAAAAACAAAAAUAAUAGUUUAUAUAGUUUUCAUUUAUUCUUGAAUACAGAAAGUAAUGCAAAUUUUGGAAAUCAACUUUACGGUACUCUAAAACUUCUAAGAAAAGAGACUAAAAUCAUAGUUUUAGUCUCAUUAUUUUUUUACUUGUCAGCUUCUUUGCAUGCUGAUUAAGGUAGUCUGACAUAAAACUUAUAAGAAUCUCAUGGCUGGGGGCUUGCUAUGGAAAAGGGAUAUCAGAUCAUUGUACUUUAGUUUGCAGAUGGUUUUGAGAGUCGGGUAUAGAAGCUGCAACUGUUUGUUUGUUAGAUGUUGUAUAGUGUUUGCAUUACAUUCGACAGCUUGAAACUCUUCAUCAUCAAAGUUUUCUUUGAAUGUGAAAUAGGAAGACUUGCCUAUUUAAAUUAGUCUGUAUAAAACAAGGUUUGCAAUGUCUCCUUUUCUUGAAUCCCUAAGCACAAUUGAUUUCCGAUCACCUGUCCAACAAGUUUUUCCCAGUCUCUUAAAUUCAGUUCUGAUAGCAGAACGUAUAGUCAUAUUCCAUUUAAGAAUGGCCAGAUGUAAGAAACUUGGGAUCAAUAUUUUUAAUGUUUAAUAGACCACAGCAUAUAUGCUGUUACAUAUUGAUUUAAAUUCUGACCUCCAUAGCAAUCGCUAACACAACACAACAAAGACUGGAAGUAUUCAAACAAACAAGAAGCUAUCUUGGAUCUUCCUCUUUCUCCUUUGCAUUCAUGCUACAUAAAGCAUGAUCCUGCUUUUGCAACGAAAUCGUAAAUAGUGAAAUUGUAAGAAGUCAAUCGAUAUUUGUAAAAAAGUACAUUGUUUGUGGGGUCACUUGGUGACAUAAGCACUUGCUGUAAGUCAAUAUUUAUCACCAAAAUCUUGACCUCAAACUGGGUUGCCUUAUCUUUACCUUUUAUUUUUCCCUUCUUAGCAAGGUCUUUUUUCUUUAGGUGGUCUUGAUACUCUGGUAGGGCCUCGUUUCUGUCAAAGACUGAACUGAUACAGCAUUCAUCCUUCCUCAGAUAGUGAGAGGCCAAGUUGAGUUCAUUAUUAAAAAUUAAAUUUGCUUUGGGUAGGUUUUUAUCUUUGCACCAUUUGACAUACAGAACUCUGAUAUUUAAAUCUGGAUGCAAGUACUUCUUUUAUAUAUCUGAGUGGCAGUAUCAGAUCAGGUUUUAUUUUGGGAGGUAAAAACUUUUUGGCGUCGUGUUCUCUUUCGUCGCUGAACGACGUAUUUAUAUUGGAUCUUUUAUUUAAAGCAAUGUCUAUUACACUUUGUUUAUCCCCAAGGUGGUGAGGAACAUUGUCUUGCACACUGGAACUCUUUGGCCUUCAAGAGGUAAAAAAAGUGUAACUUAACUCCCUCCUACUGUUAUAAGAAGUGCUCUUUCCUCAUGUUACAUUUCCAUUUACAAUUGUGUUUAGAUGAAGUUCCCAUUUUUAUCUCUGAUUUAACGAUUUUCCUUGCACUGGCAUCUCAAGACAGUGCUUUAUGCUAUUUUCUUAUGCUCUUCAACCAUUUUUUGGGCUGUAUCUCUCGUUUUCUUCAGUCAUUUCAGGGUGUUUCUCCAUUUCUUUUAAAUUAGGAUUUUCGCUUUCGGGAGAUUUGUUUGAGUCACUUGAAUCACUUUACUCGCGCUUUCUUGACUAGGCAGAUACUCAGAUUAAUCAAGUGAAAAAUCCAUAACAAAAAAAUUCAACUUAGCCACAAGACUAUCUAGCAUUUUUCCUAUAAAUAGUGUUUACUCUAGUUUCAAAUUAUUUAUUCUUUGUAUCAUGGGUCCGAACGUCUUGAUAUGAAAUUUUGCACACAAUUUGUGUUAGAAGCUAGAAUGUUGGAAAUACAUGAAUUUAUUUACCCUAAACAUAGGUAUUAUAAUAGAGAAAUUCAGAAUGUUUACCUGGAAUAUUGUCAGCAUUCAUUAAAGCAAUAUCUACCAUAAGUUUUCCUCUAUACAUUUUCACUCACUUUAUUUGCAACUUGUCGUUCAUAACACAUAUACAUAACAAUACAAAGCGAGAUUGUAAAUUCAAUAUAAACAAAACAACAGACAACAAUGUAUGUAUAGUAUAAUAUCUAGAAAUUUCUGGGGGGAGCUCCAUCUACCUGUAAUAAAUAGGCCUAUAUUUCUUAUUAAUUAUUCAAUUAAAAAAGCAGCUAUCUAGAGUUACCUGCUUUUUGAAUUUCUUUCUUUGAUUGUAUAAAAAUUGUAGUUGCCUAAUUUUUAUAAUAAAUAUUCUUCCCUUGUUUAAUUUUUAUGAAGAGUUUGUUGUAUCUAAAGUUACCUAGUUAUAAAUAAAUAUUUCGUUUUGUAAUUGUCUGGUUUUAACACUUCCUAAUAGGUCACUAAAUAAGUUUUUGACUUAUCCAAUUUUAGCAAUGAAAAUAAGAAUACCUAAAUAAUAUGCUGAUGUUGAUAUCUCAAAAUCGCCAAAAUUCGAGUAAACUAGUUUUAGUUCUAGACUCUGAUAUGUUAAAAAUCAGACAAUUUAGAUAAACAAUAGUUGUUUGAAUGUUAGCUUUUUAUUUUUGUAUAAAAUACCCAAAUACAUGUUUUU